AUUUAACUGAUUCUGGAUUUAGUCAAAAGGCUUAAAAAACUUGGUCAGAUUUUGUACGAGACUCUUCUGACGGAAUACUUCACACGUUCUCCAGCUUGCCCACAUGCUGGUUUGUGCGUGUGCGUGUGCGUGCGUGUGUGUAACUGAACCGUGUCGCUCCGUAUCUCCGACUCACCGAAGCAAGACAGGCACGGACGGAGGGACUGACGGGCGGCGGGACUGACGGGUGGAGGGACUGACGGGCGGCGGGACAGGUGUGUUACCUGGCUCCCUCCUCAGGUCAGCCCUGGUACAGCAAACACAGCCCUUCAGUAGCAGUCACGUGGGGGUUUGAUGGUUAAUCUAUGAGUUAUCGAAUCAAACUGCCUCCCAGUUCUUCACCUUCUACCAGGAAGCCAGGCAGACAGGCUGGGUUGAGUGACCACAGGUGUGAAGUACUGGACCUCCUAUGAACCCACCUACAAGGUGAGCCAGUGUGUUUGGGGUCGUGAGCACGUGGCUAGCCAUACAAGAAGCGAGGAGGGAGGCGGCACAGUCACAUGGGAGACACACGCAAUGGAGGUGAAAGGUCAGCUCAUCUCAGCACCUGACUCUUUAUGCUGUCAACAUAAUAAGGAGAGGGCAGAGCAAAUGAUGGCGCUCCAGGAGAGAAGGAGGAGCCUCCAGGCACUGCUGAGCACACGAUUGGCUGAGCUGAGACGUGUGUGUCUGCAGGAGGCGGAGCUGACAGGAGAGGUUCCCGCUGAUUACCCUCUGGAGGCAGGGGAGAAACCCCCUCACAUCAGGAGGAGAGUUGGUACGUCCCGUCACGGAGCCAGGAACCCCGGCAGAAAAGUGAUUGAAGAGGCUCAGUGCUCGAAACUGAAGAAGACCUUGUUCAGCGGAGCUUUGAGAAAACACACCGACUCAGAGCAGAAUACACACACAAACAGACACACACACCACGGAAAGAGGACCGUCCACAGAGGCUGUCACACAGAUGACACAGGGACAUCAGAGAGCAGCUCAACGUCUGACUCAACAUAUGACAAUGAUGACAGUACAGCGUCACUCUGCCGCCCCCUUCUGGUUUCUGAUGGUGCUAAGGAAGGUGCCAUGGGGAGGAAACCCUCUCCGUUGGAAGUUUAUUAUGAAAUCAACGCCAGGAGGAACUCCCUGGCCUCCAACAGUCCCAGUCAGUCUCUUCCUCGGGGUAUGUCCAAUCCAGAUGGCAGGAGUGUCCCAGUCACACCCCUCCUGUCUCGGAACGGACCAAUCACUGCUCACAUCAGAAGUGACCAAUCUGAGGCUCUCCUGACCCACAAGCCCCUCCCCCUUCCCGCAUCCCAUCAUGUUGCCCCUCAUCUCCCCCCUCCUUCCAGGGACAGCUCUGCCUCCUCAGGGCUGAGUGAACUUGGUGGAGAGGGCGGGGCCAACACAGCAUCUCGUGGUAGCAGAUCUGACACCAUGUUGGACCGAACCAACCCCUCACUGGAGGCGGGAGGAGGGGGGGGCAUAGAGUUAAAGAAAGGGUGGGGUGGGGUGUAUGUUUGGGGGAAGCAGCAGAAGACGCAGCUGCAGAGGCAACAGUCUCAUGGGAAUCCCCUACAGCCAAUCACGUCGCAGCACACUACCCAGUACAAUGGCUACCUCCCCCACCCCGCCUACCCCCCUCCACUGCUGCGGGGCCAGCCUGGUGAGCCGCGCCGUGUCAAGGUGACCCGGACUAAAUCCUGCGGUCCGCUCCUCCAACACACCGCCCCCCCCGGCCCCCACCAGCACCCCUCCAUCCAACCAGACCCCCAUCCUAACCUCCUGCCACCCAGGCCCCCGCAGCACCUCCCAGCCCAGGACGGACAUCUGGAGGAGGCCACCAAGAGUCUUCACAAGGCCCUGGCCCUGGAAGGUCUUAGAGACUGGUACCUCAGGAACACUUUAGGCUCUGCCCACCAAAACCAAAUCAAUGGAAAGGUCAGCACCGGGGUCAAAGUUCAGGAGGGACGAGGAGCUCUUCAGCGCAGGCGAACAACUCAUGGCGUCAUUCAGCAGCCAGCCUAUCAGAUGGACACACAUCAGCAGUACACGCCAUCGCUACAGCAUCAGCAGGGACAGCUGCCGCAUUCUGCCACCUUCCACGGACACCCGCUUCACGGCAGGUCUUUGGAUGGCUCGCUCUACCAUAACUCUUUCCCUCUUCAGCAGAGACAGGAAGUUUCUCUGAAGGCACAAGCUGUGGACCAGCCUUCUCCUGGAACGCUUGUCUGACUGACCAAUCAGAUGUCAGGACAGUUUCGCUGACAGUUUUACCAACCACUUCUAGGCUGGCUUCCUGGAAUUUUUGUCAUUUAAUUUUCUUUCUUCACGCCUGGAUUGGUUUAUUGGUCUGAGCCGUACAACAGCGAAGCGAAGGAUGACCCAGCUGUGUUCCCCAACCGCCAAGCUCCUUCACAGUCCAACACCACGUCUGGAUGAGUAAAUCAAACCAACGCGUUAUGUCUAAGUUUGCUCUUGCUACUGAUUCCUCGCUGAGUCCUCCAGCGUUUCCUCCCGCCGGCUCCUCUGAGUGGAGGAGCAGACCCGGACUGCAGCAGCUCCUUCGGAGAUUCGAGAAAAAAGUCUGCUGGUUUUUAAAGCUACAAUCCCGAACAGUUACCUGCAAACACAGGUUCUUUUUGAGGCUUCUCUGCUGUGUCUAAGACAAUAAUUUGACCGAUCAGUUGAUAUAACGCUCAUCAGGCCAAGCAAUGCUAGCUUUUCCAAUGCAGACCACAGCCACAGCCGUGUCAGCAGUAAGGCUGAUGUCCGCCGCUGUCUGAAGGUCAGAAGGAGUCUGAACACACAUGUGGUGGUCAGUGUGAGCAGGAGACCCGGAGAAGCUGUCACCUCCGCCGUGUUCCUGCACUGGCAAGAGGAGGAAGAGUUCAUUCUUCCAGGAACAACUAACAAGAACGUUCCCCUCAAGGACACAGGUCCAUCCUUUGUGUUCUUUGGUCUGAGAAAGACCUGCUGACACACUAUGAUUCAACUUGAUAUGAAGAUCAGCGUCUCCAACCUCUGAACUUGUUCCACUAACGGCCAAACAAGACAGCAAUAAACCCCCGAUACCUUCCAAUGUCAUUUCACUAUUUGGGUGGUUAAGCCUUUAAAAGCCUGAUGCACCGACCUACGCAGCAAACAAUCAGCCAAGCUACGACGUCAGCGAAUGGAUGGAUGAGUCAUGGAUGAGUCAUGGAUGAAUCAUGGAUGAAUGAAAAGAUGUAUGAAUGGAUGAACUCAUGGAUGAGUGGAUUCUUUGAUUGAUAGAUGACUUGCUUUUGCUUUUUUUGUGUUGUGUUGCAAUAAAAACGUGUUGUCACGCUAAUGUGUACAAUCAGUGUGCAUUAAAUGUAUAUGUUUGAUGAAAACGCGUUUCUUUAAAGGCGUUAAAUCAAAGUUGUGAUGCACGUGGGAAAGCGGGUGCCACUU